ACAAGUGCGUGUGUGCGUCUAUGCCCAAUAUCUACCUAUAUAUUAUUAUUAUGUCGUACACCGUACGUACGUGUACGCGGCAAUAAAUUCUUAGAUGUAAACGUUAUAUACUUUUAUAUAGGACUAAAUCACGUUUGAUAAAAUACAUCGCUCUUAAUCAUACUAUACAUUGUGAGUCACGAUGCAACGGCCUCCAUCGAUUUUGCCGUACAUCUACUGCGCGACGUCAUGUUUACUGACGAUGACGACUGUGACGACUGCCGCGAUGGUUACCGUAAACGUUACGCAUCUGUGCAAUACACGGCCAGCGGUGGCUACUACCACCGAACCUCGGCUCACUACCGACAUAGGCAUAACGUCUUUGUCACCGCCUACCGAAACCCCGACAUCUUGGUCGCCGACGUUGGACACCGAAAACCUGACGUCCUUGUCACCUUUACCGCCACAAAUUGAAAAUCCGAUUUUUUGGUCGUCGUCACCACCCGCCAACGAAACGACGAUUUUAUCGUCGACGUUAUUUGCGGAAAACCGGACGUCAUCGUCAUCACCUACCGACAACGAGACUUCGUCAGCGCCCCACAUUACUGAGUUCCUAUUCGCCGUCCGUAAACCGGGAAUGAUGGAUCUCACGUACGCUAGCCGUACCACCGUGAGACAAUCCUCCUCGUCAUCAAAUAUAUCUGCUGGACCAGUAGCCUUCAAACAGAUCGGAGUUUUCCCCAGUGCCAAGUUCGGUGAGAACGUCAAACUAGACCAACAGACGUCGAAGUCUGACGGCGGCGCAGGUUCUAGGACCGCGGCCGCGAUCGACCUGUUUGGAGUCGGAAUCGUGGUGGGCGACGUCGGGCUCCGGUUCAUUAGCGUGGCCGAAGACUUGAUCAUGUGGCACAGCGUACCCGCUGAACUCAUUCUUGAUCUCUUUAGCAACCCUUACGAAUGGGAUGUCGUGGCGAAAAAAAUACUGCCGUAUGAAUGGCCACUGGCUGUGGUCUGCGCCUUAAUGAUAUUCUGCGGUUUAAUACUAGCAAGAUACGGCGUUUAUUGGCAGAGGCGGUACAAAGAGGCUAAGUGGUUAGGAGACACUGGCUGGGAGUCGGGUUGCAAAAAGGGUGUGCUGGUCGUUGCCAUUCAAAUGCUUCUACUUAUGUUAGGGGCUGGUGCUUGCGGAUUAUUAGUAACAAACGAGACAAUGGGAUCUGCUGUGUCAAGUGUUGGAGACUUAAUAGAGUUUGGCGUCGGUGACUUGGUGGAUAUGUUUUCCAUCACUCAAAAACAAAUCAGGACCAUAACCAUCGGAUCAAUGGAUUCGACGACAGAUGCGAUUUUCUCAAAAUUAGACGACAUAUCAGAACAAUUGGGAGGACCGAUCGAAAAUGAAAUAUACGGCCCUAGUCAUAGAUUUGGUUCCAGAACUAAUGUUUCUAGAGUAGUUCAAGACUUUCAGAAAAUAUUUCCAAAAGCAAAGGAUGUAAUUUCCCAAGCUGAAUUAGUAAGGGAAGACAUUAUUAAAUACAACAAUAAAAUAAUCGAAUCAAAUAUUGAACUUCAAAUGGUACCUGAACGAUGCCCUCUUGAAGUAUCUGUCAUGUGUGAUAUGAUUUCCGGUAACAAGUUGCAACCAGAGAAUUAUACAUAUUUGGAUGAUUUAAUAAAUGUAGUCACAAGCGUUUUAGAAGUAGAAAACGACGGACUAUCGAGUCUACCGUUGACAUCGGCUGAAAGUGCAAACAUUCCAAAAGCUUUAAAUGAACAGACGGAAAAAGAAAGAUGGCGUAUAAAACAAGCUUUAAUGGAUCGCAGACGUCAAUUAGAAUUUUCAAUAUAUCCUUAUGAAAGUCAUACACGUAAACUUAUUUCAAAAUUAAUGGACAUAAAAGAAUUAGCUAGCAAUUACUUAAAUCACUUGAAACAAAUAGAAGUGUAUAGGUGGUCCAUAAGUAUUGGAAUAGCAAUCGCUGCACUUUUAGUUUGGAUUUUAUUAGCAUGCAGUAUUGUGGUAAAUUAUUGUUCGCAUACAACUUGGGCUAAAUGCUACUUUUUUAGCUGCGUAAACGCAAUGAGAUUGACUAGUUUAGUACUUUGGACAGCGGCAUUAGUGGGUUUGAUUUUAAGCAGCAACGGUGAAGUCAAUAUUUGUAAACCAUUAUAUGACGAACCUAUGUAUGAAACUGUAACAAAAAUAAUGGAUUGUCCGUCUAUAACAAAUGAACGUGGAUUCUUUUCGUGGUUCAUCUUUGGCAAUGAAACAUCCACAGCUCCAUUCAACGAAGUCAUCGAAUUGUGCAGAGAAAAUCGUACAGCGCACGCUACGCUUCAUUUAAAUAAAGUAUUUAACGUAGAAGCUAAUUCAGAUUACAACAAAUGGCCAGGUCUUAUGGAUGCUCUGGAUAGUCUCAAAACCAAAAGGGUCUACAUAGAAUUGGAUUUAAACAGACCACCGUCCACUGCUGAUGCAUUGAAACCAAUUGCUGAAUCAACAAACUUGGACUUUGAAAAGUUUCGAAGUCUCAUUUUGCAGUCUUCGUUGGCUCAUGGCCGGGUGACUUUAUUACGCGAUCAACUCGGUGCACUUUCAACACAAACCACCACAUUCUCCAAUAAUUUUAAAUUGACAUUGAAGCGUGUAGUGACAAAUAUUACGGAUUUAGUUGAAAAUAUGUUGAACCCAAUGAAUCAGAAGAAAAAUAUGUUACUCUAUCAUUUAACAUUAAUGGAAGUUGAAAUGCAACCACUAUCAGAAUCUUUAAACCGGACUUGGGCAAAUGCGUAUACUAGAAUUGAAAAUUCUGAUUUUGAUCAAAUAUUGCGAAAGAAUAUGGCUCAAUACAUAAACAAUUUGAAACUAUUGUUGGAUAAAUAUAAGAUUCAUGUAACUGAAGCAGUAAAAACAGAAACAGCAUCGUGCAGACCCGUAUGGAAUGUGUAUCGAAUUGGAAGAGAUUUAGUUUGCAGGCAAUCUUUAGACGCCUUAAAUGGAUUUUGGGUUAUAUGUUUUUUCAUCGCAAUGUCAGUUACCGCCACAAUACCAGUCGUGAAAAAUUUAAAAAUAUUUCAUAAGUCUCCGCUAACUUCUAUGUCCCUAUAUACCAUACCUCCACCACCGGCAAUGGAACUUAUGUGCACGAGUAGUUAACUUUAAAAUGUCGAAAAUUCAUCGAAUAAAAAUAUUAUAUUAGAGAAUUCAAACAUUUAAUCAAUAAUGUAUUAGCUGAUAUUAAACCAAACUAUAUAGAGAAAACUUUAAAACAAUUAACUAAUUAUAAUAUUAUU